GCUUUGCUAAGGCGACUUCUCUCUCGUUUCAAUUCUUCCGCGAGGCUGCGCGAAGAAUCUCGUCGUGUCGAAUUGCUAGUGCCGGCCUCGACUCUUCCUUCCCGCCGUUGUUGGUAGCCUAUCUAUCAGGCAAGAUGUAUCUCAUGUACUACAUCAACGAGAAUGGCAGCAAGGUGUACACAAUGAAGAAGGAAGCUCCAGAUGGCUCGCCCACCAUGUCUGCACAUCCAGCACGAUUCUCCCCGGAUGACAAGUUCUCGAAGCAGAGGAUCAUAUGCAAAAGGCGCUUUGGUCUUCUUCCUACCCAGGGACCUGCACACAACUACUGAACUCUGUCUCGUCAAUUGACUGCACUCUGUACAUAAAGGCCAUCGCGACCUUUGCCUUCACAAUUUUGACUUCUAUUUAAGCGGCGUCUCUCGGGCUUUGGUUAGGUAUGUUACACGAAGGUCGGCGGUUUUCUGAGUUUAGGGGCCUUUUCUCUCAAGUGCAUAAGAGAAAUGCUUGCAAUCACAUCAGGAUUUUGUCUCAUACAGAGUUCUGCGUACAAAGCUUUGCAUUGUGCAGUAUCUGUAAACAUCUGUAAUUGAAUUACCUGCCUCUCCUUCUGUGACAUUGCCCCGUUGUUACUCCAAAUUGAUUCAAGACUGGAUGGAGCAAGUUUGCUGCGUGUGAUACGGAUUAUGACUUUACGCUAUCUUCCUUACGUUGUACUUCAUUUUGUGGACUCGUCUGUAUAUGGCCUCUUA